AUGUCAAAGAUCAAUGGCAAUGGUGCAUCAGGACAUCGCUACUCAUCAGCAACUAGGCGUCUCCCUACUCCUGGAAAAGCCACUGUCUUAGCAAUUGGAAAAGCCUUCCCAAGCCAACUUAUUCCACAGGAUUGCUUAGUUGAAGGCUAUUUCCGAGACACAAAUUGCAUUGAUCACGCCAUGAAAGAGAAGUUGGAACGCUUGUGUAAAACAACCACAGUCAGAACCAGAUACACUGUAAUGUCGAAGGAAAUCCUAGACGAAUACCCCGAACUAGCGACCGAAGGGACAGCAACUAUUUCCCAAAGGCUAAGCAUCGCGAACAAAGCAGUAACCGAGAUGGCAAAAGACGCUAGUUUAGCAUGCAUCAAACAAUGGGGAAGGCCCGCAGAAGACAUCACUCACGUAGUCUAUGUUUCCUCAAGCGAAAUUCGUCUUCCAGGAGGUGAUCUUUAUCUUGCUAAUGAACUUGGACUAAGAAACGAUGUGAAUCGCGUAAUGCUAUACUUCUUGGGAUGCUAUGGUGGUGUUACUGGCCUUCGCGUCGCUAAAGAUAUUGCAGAAAACAACCCUGGAAGCCGAGUACUGUUAACCACUUCGGAAACAACCAUCUUAGGGUUCAGGCCACCAAGCAAAUCUCGCCCGUAUGAUUUAGUUGGAGCUGCUCUCUUCGGAGAUGGUGCUGCGGCAGCCAUUAUUGGUGCGGACCCAAUAGCAAAAACCGAGUCGCCAUUUUUGGAACUGAGUUAUGCUGUCCAGCAGUUCCUCCCAGGGACUCAUAGUGUCAUUGAUGGGCGACUUUCGGAAGAGGGUAUAAAUUUCAAACUUGGACGUGACUUACCUCAAAAGAUCGAUGAUAACAUUGAAGGGUUUUGCAAUAAGUUGAUGGAAAAAGCUAACAAUGUGAAGGAUUUCAAUGACAUGUUUUGGGCUGUACAUCCUGGUGGUCCAGCGAUAUUGAAUAGGUUGGAGACUACACUGAAGUUGAGAGGAGAAAAGCUGGAUUGUAGUCGGAGGGCUUUGAUGGAUUUUGGGAAUGUGAGUAGUAACACUAUAAUUUAUGUGUUGGAGUAUAUGAGAGAGGAGCUGAUGAACAAAGAGAUUGGAGAAGAAUGGGGUCUUGCUUUGGCUUUUGGGCCAGGCAUUACUUUCGAAGGAAUUCUUCUUCGUAGCCUCAAUUAAGUUGAAAUGAAGAGAAAAGGUUUCUCUUUUAGGAUUUAAGUAUUAACAGUUUUUUAAAUGCAGUAACGAAAGAAGAUACGAAUAUUUUCGUUUUUAAGCAUUUUACGUAAAUGUUAUCCAUAUUGGAAUGUUUGAUCGUAUGAAUUAUUCGAAUGUUUCAUGAUAAAGAGUAUAGUAGCCACCGUAGGA